ACAUCAUCAUAGAAUUUCAACAUGCCAGCACCAGCAAGUUCCACCUCAGUAGGAGCAGGGCGAAGCCCCUCAUCUAAGUCAGUCAGUCCAAGAUCAGGGGGAGGUUCCACAGUCAGGCAGAGGAAAGCACCUUCCUCUGGUGGUGCCAAAAAAGCGGUAGCAGGUGGAGGAAGUGGAGCUGGAAUGUGGAGGUUUUACACGGAAGACUCCCCAGGAAUCAAAGUAGGACCAGUGCCAGUACUUGUUAUGAGUUUAAUAUUCAUUGCUUCCGUGUUCAUGUUACACAUAUGGGGAAAAUACACAAGAUCAUGAGAAGACAUUGUUAAAAUCUGUGACUUAUACAAAUGAAUACAUUUCCAGGGAGUUGUGUCAGAAAAAAAAAACAAAACAUUGACAUUAAAGAAAGAUUUCAUGCAUAACUUUAUUUUAUGUUUUUCUAAAGUAUAAGAAUAAUUUUUUUUUCACAUGUUUUGGAAUGCAGCAUUUUAUAUAUCAUAUUGAUAACUUUGUUGUAAGUUAUUUUUGAGUCAUUAUGUGCAAGGACAAGGUGGAAAGUGAGUAUGUGAGAGAAAUGAGAAAGAAAAAAAUAAAGAUUUUAUUGAUAUUGAUGUUUUUCUUAUGUUUAUGAUGGUAACAAAAUAAAAACAGAGACAUACAAUA